GCGAGAUGACGAUUGGGUGGCGGGAUGAGAGAGAAGUUUGAAAUGUGGACGAGAAGCGGAGCGGAGGGGAGUGCCGGCGCCGUCACUGUUCGGGUCCAGACGAAACAACAACAGGCAGCUUUAACAAUGGAUUCUUGUGACCUGGGAGAAUUGACUCAGCAUAUAAACAACAAAAUAUCAUGCAUCAGGAAGAUGAUUGAGCUCCGGACCGUUGUGAAUGAUCCCCAUAAAAGAAGUAUUCUCCAGAAAGUGGCCCAGGAUGUUCUCACAAUAAAUAUGCUCUUAGACCAGUUUGAAAAACACCUCGCCCAGCAGAAGGAGAUGCUGAAGACCCUUAAGGAGGUAGAGGAAUCCUUUAAGGAGGACGUGAAGGAGGCCGAACACCUCUCACAGAACAUCCCUCCACACAUGCCGAGGAAAACCUCAGUCACUGCAAGUGUCACCGAGGUGAAAUCGGAAAAGGAUCCUGACACCAGACCAGUCCCUGAGCAAGAGCCCGUCAGAAAGCCCUCUAAAUGUGUAAUCAAGGAAAUGGAGUUCGUCACCUUGGCAGAGUUUGAGAGUAUUCCACAAUACAUGAAAGGACGCAUGACAUACGACCAGCUGAACGGUGUGAUCGAGGAAAUCAACAAAGCAGUGACAAGUAAAUACAAGAUUCUGCACCAGCCUCUAAAAUCCAUGAGCAACGCCUCAAGGAAACUGUACCAGAGGUUUAAGGACGAGGAGACCAAGGGCACUAAAGGGCUGUUUUUCAUCGUGGACACUGACAUCAGGGAGUUCACCUCCAUGAACGUGGGCAAGCGCUUCAUGAGCAUGCUGAACGUGCUGCGGCACUGCCAGCGGCUGCGCGAGCUCCGCGGAGGGGGCGUCACCCGCUACGUGCUGCUCUGAGCGCAGCCGGCCCCCCCAGCCAGCGCCCUGACCCAGACCGGCACGCGACGUCUCGCCCCAGAGGCUGAACGGGGAGGAGCCCUCAUUAGGGGCAGCGAGAAAGCCAGCUGUGAGACGAAGACCUUCCUGCACAACUUGGCUCCUCUUUUCUGAAUUUUCGUUUCUGCAGUACCAGCUCUUUGUCCCGGCAUCAGUAAUCCAGUAAUAACAAUGACAUGUACGAGUCCAAACCCCGCAGUGAAAUGGAGGGGAAGGGCUGAUUCCUGCCUGCCUCUGCCCUGACGGCAGUCUGAGUUUUUCUUUUUGUGUUUUGUAUGAUUAGGACGUUUUUUUUCCCCCCAGUGGCUACUGAUAUCUGCAUGACGUUGACAUUAACGCUUCCCCUGAGUUCGUCACCUCUGCCAUCACGAGCUAGUUCUCCAGCAUCCCCACUGUGCCCAUGGCCGUUAAACAUCCCUGCUACCACCGUCAUUACCAGAGAUGUCAGAUUUUUGCUGGACUUUUUAGGUAGUGUAGUACUCCUUGUUCUAACUUUUUUUUUCCCCAUUUACAAGAUACAUCUCCAAGCCUGGCAUCUUCUUGUUGGCUUGCUGAGUGAGUGGGAGUUGUGAGUGGCACUCAGUGCAGUGGAAGCCAGCUCUGAUGGCCGAACAGAGUCCGGGCAUCUAUUUCAGCCCAGGCUGGCUGCUUAUAUCAGGUGGAGGAAAAUCAGGCCCUUUGAUGGAAAUAGGGCUGAGGAGAGUGCAGUUACCUGUUCCUCAUGAGCUGGUGUGUUAGCUUCUUGGUACUCCUCAUGGAUGGUAAGUGCAGAGACGUGGUUAAAAAUGGCGCUUUAGUCGAGUGAAGAGAGUUGUUGGGACAGUAAAUGCCAGCUGUCUCUGUAGGACCGGCCUCAGGGUGGGGACGGGCCUCAGAUUGGGGACCAUAUAUAAGUUUCUCCCACGGGCCUGAAAUCGUGCUGCUUUGCUCUGACACAGACUGAACUUGGUUCAGUUUGUGCGGAGAUACAUGUAGGCUUUUCUUUGCUACACACCCUGUUUUACCUUUUGUUUCAGUUUCUUUCAAAGAUUUGUUCUUUGAAGCGAGACUCUACAGUGUCAAAAUCAGCAAAGUGAACAGAUGAAUCGUAAAAUGUUCAUAAUGGUCAGUCGUGCUAAUGUUUUAUACUAAUCAAUAAAAUGUGUUUUACCUUAGAUACAUUAAAUAUUUUAAAUCAUUCCCAAAAAAUUGAAUGGCUGUUUUUAUUGUGAAAGUUAGAAAAUCUUCAUCUCAGAUUUCAGUUUCUAUUUUCUGCUUCACUGGAUGGAUGGUGCAUUCAUUUAUGAUAUUUACACGGACUGUGCUUUCACUUUUUUAAUACCUUUAAAAAAGCCAUUCCAGUGUACCACUGCCAAUGGAAAGAUAAGAGUCUUUGAAUAUGCAAUCUGAGCUUUUUAUCAUUUUCUUCUGCAAGAGAAGAUGAUCGUUUCCAAUAAACAUUUGUUAAAAAAUCACUGCGAAUGGUUAUCGAAGACAGUGGUGUUGAAUCAGCAGAUGGACAUUCUGGUAGGAACUCUCAGAGCUAAGUUGGCUCACCAGCACCGUGUUCCUGUCAAACCAGCUGGAAGAAAGAUUUGUUCUUAUGUUUAAUAGCCUUGUCCGAAAUAAAAUACUUGAUGUGAAAAAAUUGAGACCAGCAUGAAAGCGUGUUUGAAAGUCUGUUGG